AUGGCUUAUAAUCCGAGAAAGAGGCCUCAUAAAACCGAUGAUACAAAAAUCUACGGCUAUAACAGUGGUUACAAUGCUGGAUACCUGAAUAAUAAUUACCAACACCAACAUCAACCCCAACCCCAAUCCGAAACGCUUACUAUUGAAGAUUUUACCCAAAUUUUUUGUUCUCAAAUUGCUUCAAUUGGCGAACCAGAUGAUAAACUAAAUGAUGAUAUUCCCUUGGUAGAACAACUUGAAACCUGGAGCAAUGAAAUUAAAUCUCAUUUCGAUGCUUCCGAUUAUUUUAGAGAUAAUGUUUUAUUACAUAUCUAUGCCAUCAUAACUGAACAACCCCAUAAAAUUCUCUUAAUAGCCUCUUUAAUUCAAGUUUCAGUCUCAAAAUAUCACCCAAUUGCAAACUAUUUCAUGGACUAUUUUCAUCAGAAAUUGGUUGAUUUAUUCAAUUUGUCCAAAUUAGACACCUCCUCGGAUCUCUUGAUCAUUAACCAAAAAAACAAAUUCUAUCGCCAAUUAAUCUCCGACCUUAAAAAUCAAGGUCUAUGGAAUAACAUUAAAUCAAUUCUUAAACUCUUAUCUUGCUUAACCACUUUUAUAGACAAAAACUUGAUUCUAAACAUCUUUCAAGGUUUAAUUGAUCUAUCAAUCGAUUUACAAAACCAAUAUCUAUUAAUUAAUGAAAACAAAAAUUCCCCACUAGCUCAACAAAUUUACUACAACUCUUUAAUCUCUCUACCUUACAUCUUAUUAUUCCAUUUAAAUGACCCCGAUAACGAUAAUACUCAAUUUAUUAACAACGUCAAUAAUUUGCUCUCAACCUCAAAAAAAUUUAACUUAAUUCCUCUUGACUCAACGACUCUUUACGAUCCUUUUAUUAACCCAAAAAAUAUUGUAUCCGACUCAGAUCCAAAUUAUCAUCUAAAAAAUAAUAUUCAAAGAAUCUCAUCCGCUAUCGAUCAAUUUUCAAAGAAUAAUUGGGCUUCUCUUUUUGAAUUCUUUCCUGAUAUUCCUAUUUUUAAAAAAUUUCCCGCAAUCUUAUUACCAACCGUUGAUGAACUAUUACCUUAUGCUAAUUUCGAAAAUAAUACUACCAUCAUCGAUAACACUUGGAAAAAUCCAAAUUUAUCUUUUCAAAUGUUUCCUCCAAAGGAAAAUGUUCAAAUAAUUCCCGACAUCAAUUCUUUUCAAUAUCUUUUAAUCAAUGAUCUUCUAAAGGACCUUAUAAUCUCAAUGGAUUAUAACGUCUUUCAGAUUGUUUUGAAAUUUUCAACAAUUCAUCUAUACUUUAAAGAUAAAGUGUUUCAAUCUUCUUUGAAAUUACAAAAUAAUAAUCUAAAUCAAGAUACUAAUGAUCAAAGCAUUCAAAAGGCGCCAUGGAAAAUCGAGCACGUUAUUGUCGAAACUAUUUUUGCUUUAUUAUUUCAAUUACCCAAGGGGCCUCAAUCCUUUGUUUAUUAUAUGAAUCUUUUAGUUCAGUGUUGUGCAGAAUCAUCUUCUAAAUUUGCUCCAAUUUUUGGGAUAAUUAUUAGGUUUUGUUACCGAAACUUAUUUAAUUUGGAUUUUGAAUUAAGGUCCAGAUAUUUACACUGGUUUACUUUUCAAUUGAGUAAUUUUCGGUUCAUUUGGAAAUGGUUUGAAUGGACCAAUGAUUUAAAAUUUUUUAAACAAAAUAAAAUUUCUUAUCAUCCCAAAAUCAUUUUCAUUAAAAACUUAAUUUUAAAUGAAUGUAUCUAUUCAAACAAAUCAACCGUUGAAAUUAAUUUAAUUGAGGAAUCGAAGGAAUAUUUAAAUUAUACCUUAUUUACUAAAACUCAAAUAAUUAAUUAUGAUAAGGACUUAUUCAAUAACUUAAUUCAGUUUAAUGAUGAAAAUUAUGAAGUUCAUUAUAAUUCACAUGAUAAAAUUGAUUCACUAUUCACUACUCUUUCUGAUGCAGAAAAAUUGAAAACUCAAAUGAAAAAUUUUAUUGAGACUGUUAGCUCGAAUUCUCUAAAUGGCUAUUCAUUUCUUAAACAUCAUCAUUUAUUAAAAUCUUCUAUAAAUGAUUUAAAUGAUAAAAAUAAUAGUAAUCUUAAUUUUCACAAGAUUUUUAUUAAUUUAUUUUUUCAAGUUAUUGCAGCAUAUUCUCCGGGACGUGUUUCGGAGGUCUUUCAGUUUAUACUUGGUUUUGCUAUUUUCAUCAAAUAUAUUUUAGGAUUGCCAUUAGAAAAAAGGGAAAUAGAUGAUAUUAUCUUUGAGGUAAAUAAAACCUUUGAAAUUGAUACAACUGAAGGCCCAACUGAAGAUCCAAUCAAAGGUUCAAUUAAAGAUUUAAUAGAAACCAAAGUUAAAAAUUAUGAAUCAAUAAAUGAAGAAGAACAAGUUAUUAGAUCAGUUUGGGCAUUAGAGGCAGUGUUUAGAUGUUGGAAUGAGUUGCCAUUAAGUUGUUUUGUUUUAAUUGAUUUUCUAAGAAAAUUCAAAUUAAUAUCAUAUAAAUCAAUUAUUAAGUUUUUAUUUAAAGAUUCAAAUAAAGCUGAAGAAGAGUAUAGAUGCAAUUUAAUUAUGAAUUUUUUAGCAUCUGAUAAGUUAUAUUAUAUGUUAAAUCAUAUCAAAAAAUUAAAAAUUGAGGAAUCAAAUCCUUUGUUUAAAUUUGUUUUCUUAGAGUUUUUGAAUUUAUUGAAGAAUACUAUUGAAGUUUUAGGUAUAAAAGAAAAAAUUGAAUAUCCUGAAGAGCCUGAUAUUCCACCUCCAAUCCAAAAUAUUAAGCCAGCUAUAGUUGAAGAGGAAAUUGAACAGGAAGAGGGAGAGGAAAUUGAACAGGAAGAGGGAGAGAAAAUUGAACAAGAAGAGGAAGAGGAAACCAAACAAGAGAAAGAAGACAAAGAUAUUGAAAUCAAGAAUGAUAAAAAUAGUCAAGGUGAUAAAAGGAUGGAAGGUGAAAAAUUAUCAGAAAAUAUUAUAGUUGACAAAGAUGAAGAGGUGUUUUUUGAUGAAAAAUUCUCAAGUGAGGAAUAUGACUUAAGAUGGAAAUAUCAUACCAUUAUGGGUUUAUUCAAAACAAUAAUUAGAAAUUAUUCAAAUAAUUUAGUUUUAAUUAAAGAAGAAUUGGUUGAAAGUGAAGAAUUUGUUAAUUUUGAGCACGAAGAUACAAAACUACAAAUUAAGGCUUGGUUGGAUUUAUUAUAAAGAAGUUAAUUUAAUGUAAUUCAAUGUUUUUCUGUUUUCUUGUUUUUUUUUAUUUUUUUAUUUUUUGUCUUUAUAUGUAUACAUAUCUUCAAAUUAAU